UAGGUUAUUUGAAAUUUGGGUUUUAUUUGAAUGUUAAAUUUAGGUGGAUUUUUAUUUGGAAAAUAGGAAUUUUAAGGGGCUAUAUCUAAAGAACCCUAUAUAAAUUCCUGUGUAUUCCUCAUACUUGGCCAUCAACUGAGCUUGCUAUCACUCUUUCUCGGCAGCGACCGGCCAUCGACUGACCUAAUUGAGAGUAAGAGAGAAAAUGGAGGUGACAAAGAGGCCUGUGGGAAUGGUCGCAAUGGGCUUAGCUCUUCUUCUUUGCUUUGCUGCUGCACAGGAUAUCGGAAACGGUGGGGCAGCUGCAACAUUAACAUGGUGCAUUGCAAAACCGUCGGCAGAUGUUGAAAAGCUUCGGCAGAACAUUGAUUAUAGCUGCGGCCAAGCAGGAAUAGACUGCAGGCCGAUUCAGCCAGGUGGCGGUUGUUUCAGCCCAGAGAAUGCCGUCUCACAUGCUUCUGUUGCCAUGAAUCUGUUUUUCAGGGCCACCGGAAAGCACUUUUGGGACUGCCACUUCAAUGGCACCGGCUUAGUUGUUUCUCAGAAUCCAUGUACGUCUCCAACCCCCUGCCGCUUUUGCUCCAAUUCUCCUUUUAUUUAUUUAUAUAAUUAUUAUUGAGUUUCGGUCUUUCAUAUUACUAAUGCAAUUGUAAUAUUUGAUUGGAUGGCAGCUGUUGGCACUUGUGAGUAUCUAUUGUGAUGACGGAUCAUGAUUCAUGGGGAUAUUUGAUUAGUCGAGCAAGGACCUACAUCAAUAAUGCAUAGAUAUAUUCUCCCCCGUCAAAAUUUAAUCAGUUAUUUUUCGAACUGUACUUCUUGUUUUGUAUUUUCAAUCGACUUGUACUUGUUGUUUUGUAC